CGGGGCUCGCCCCGCUAGCGACAUGCGCGCACGCGACGCCGCGCACCUUGCCCUGCUGCUGCUGGCGCAUCUAGUACCGCCAGGUGCAUGCGACGUCGCGGGUGGGGCGGGGUCAGUGAACGCUCUGCCGGCGGGCAGCGCUGGCGCACGUUUGGCGCCGUCUUUCGACGCAGCUACACCACGCAACGUUACCGCUCUCGUCGGAAAAUCCGCCUACCUCAGCUGCCGGGUUCGAAACCUGGGCAACAGAACGGUGUCGUGGAUCCGGCACCGGGACCUGCACAUCCUGACGGUAGGCGGCUACACGUACACGUCGGACCAGCGGUUCCAGGCGACGCACUCGCCGCAAACGGACGACUGGACGCUGCACAUCAAGUGGGCGCAGCAGCGCGACGCCGGCGUCUACGAGUGCCAGGUGUCCACGCAGCCCGUGCGCUCCUUCUUCGUCACGCUGCAUGUUGUCGAUUGCGACGAGAUCUACCAGCGGAUGUUUUCCGAUGCAGUGCCAUCAGCUCGUAUCCUGGGCGGGCCGGACCUGCACGUGGACAUGGGGUCCACCAUCAACCUCACCUGCCUCAUCCAGUUCUCCCCGGAGCCGCCCGCCUACAUAUUCUGGUACCACGAGGACGAGGUGAUAUCGUACGACUCGUCGCGCGGCGGCGUCUCGGUGGUGACGGAGAAGGGCGCCGCCACCACCUCGUACCUGCUGGUGCAGGACGCCGCGCCCGCAGACUCCGGCCGCUACUCCUGCUCACCCUCCAACGCGGAGGUCGCCUCAGUGCGCGUGCACGUGCUCAACGGGGAGCGGCCGGCGGCCAUGCAGACGGGCAGCGCAGGGUUGUCCAACAGCUCGCGCGUGAUCGCGGCGCUGCUGGCGCUGUGCGCGCUGCACGCGCGGCUGCUGCGCGCGCAGCUCGGCUCCAGCUGAUCGCGCGCGCCUCCCCGCGCCCGUGCAGUGCAGUGUGCCCAGACUCUAACAAUAAAUGGACACGCACAAGAAACACCAGUUUCUUUAAAUUUUUUAUCGAGAAAACUUAGUUUUCGACUAGCUAAGUAAAUAAAUAAAUAAACUAUUCGAGUAAAUACCGGAAACAUUUUUACGAGAAACGGAACACAUAGCGUCAAGUCACUGUGAUUCAUGUUCUGCAUCUCUCGAAGAAAAUGCUAAAAUAAUAAGAUUAUUAAUAUAAUGCGGUUAUUGAGAAGCCACACCAAUGGAUGUGAGAAAUUUUAAUGAAUUGAACUCUUACAUAGCGUUUGUUGCUACUGAAUAUUGUACAUAUAUUUAUUGUUUUAUUGUGAAGAUAAUGUAUUUAAAUGAUAUCUAUUGUCGUUAGUGAAGUUAAAGUUUUUAUGAAACAGCCCUAUUCAUUACAUUCAUUCAUUCCACUCUGUAAUGUCAUUUGCACUAGUUAAGUUGCGUGCGAAUAACAUAAUGGUGCGAGUACAUGUGCGGCACACACUGCUCACCUCCGUAGUGGUACCUGUUACUGUAGUGUCGUGGUCCCUUGUAACAAUCAUAUAACUAACAAUACUUGCCCAGUGUGAUCGAUAGCUACAUCUGUCGUGUAACCUGCACAGGACAACGACACAGCUCACGAGUGGAUGAAACGAACUUUAACAGAUUCUUCCCCGCGAGAGAACUGGUAACAUAAAUGUAUUUGUAUUUAAGUAAAUAGGUACAUACAUCGAUUAAAUAAAAUAAAAUUUCUUAUUGGAAUCGAUUUACUCUAGUAGUUAUAUUUUUGAAGAUUAAGGUGUAACUGUAACACCAAAAAUUACCAACACGCGACGAUAAAAUAAAAUUAAACACAUUUUAAUACCCCUUUUUAGAGUAACAAAAACUGCUUAGCCUAUAAUAAAGUUGUACUAUCGAACCUAGAAGUAGUAGUUACUAGUCGAACCUUGACUAGAGGAGGACAGGAGGACUACUCACUUUGUGGCAGGUUUUUGUCGACACUGCACACACUACAAAUAGUUGUACACAAGGGACCCGAACACAUAAAAUUAUGUUCUCGAACGAUACCCAUUGUAUAUAUAAUGCAACUGAUAUUGUUUAAUGUGAAUAUUGUUAAACUGUAUUUAUUUACGAGAAAUAGAAGGCCCACAUAACAACUGAUAUGGCUUGAUUACACAGUACAGUCUAGUACUACGCAGUUGUCUGGUGGGCCAUUAUAUACGUGUAAAGGAAGAUCAAAGUAAUACAAAAGACGUACAAUGAAUAAUUCACUCCCGUACUACUCGUUUGUCGAGCAAUUGCAUAUACAAUCGACAAAGUUGGCGGUCGCCCGUCAUUAGGCGAUAUUCGCAUGCACUCGGCACGACCGCCCACAGGGAUCCAUACCCGGAUAGCUAGUUUGCCACAACGUUUUGUUUAAAAGGUGUACUACCGUAAACUUUGCCGAUAGUACAACUAGUGAAAAGUAUCUAUUUAAUUCAGGUCUGAUCUGGGGUUACGCAAAGUAUUGUAAGGUGUUUCGAACACGAAUCUCCAUCUCUGAUAUUAGGUAUAGAAGUGGAGACUUGACACGUCGAAGGAGGGACUCCUUAGGUCGAUUGCCUAUAUUCACUCGAUCAACGAAGCAUCUGUGUGUAUCACUGGAGUGCUUAAAAAGUUUUUUUUAUAAUUAGCCAAGUCAUAUAUAUUAUGUAUACCACAAAAAUGUAUGCUCAAAUUAUAACUGAAACAUUGGAACAGCGUGACAACCUCAUUAUUAAUCACCAUACAUGUGUAAUUAAAAUUCUAAUUAUAAUUAGCGAGAAGUCGGUACGGGUAUUGUGUAAAUGACAAACAUGGGACAAUUCUGGCAUGCCGUAACUCCACAGAGCACCGGGCCGUUGGUGUACAUAUGCCACAUGUUUCUGAACCUACACUCAGACCAUUUUCACAUUCUGCUGUUUACGGGUAGCAAUGCUGUAAAACCAACAGCAAAGCGUUUUGUUACCGGCAAGUUAAACAUUGCCUAAUCGCGGAGGGCUUAACGGGUUGCCCGGACUCCGGUUCGAAGUGCAGGAGUAGGAACGGGGUAGUUUUUAGUCAGUAAGAGUCUGACACUCCCUCUCUCCUCACCCGGGCGGGAGAAGUCAUCGGAUGAUUUUUCCCCUCAAAGGAAAAAAGGCAUUGUCUGAUCGGGAGCCAGUGUGGGAAAAGAUACCUAGUCUAAUCUUAAAUCGAUUACAUUGACAGCAAUCCUGCUGUCCUACUCACUUACUCGUAAACUGGCGGGAGUGGUACGGGCGGGAUGAUCCCUAGUCCCUAGUAGCUGUGACAAUCACAAAGGGUAUCAAAUCGGGAAUAAAUAAUGUAUUGUACGAAAAUUUCAUAAUGUUGAUAAUUAUGUUGUUAGAAACAAGAAAAGGGGCGCCAGUACCCACUAAGGUCGUUUACUGACUAACCUUGGGAAAAUUUAACAAUGAAGAGUUGGACACUGUGAACAGUGAAUUGAAUUUCUACUUUAUAAAGAAACUAAAAAUGUGUGAACCUGACAAUUUUGUAAGUGUACACAACAUAUGUAUGAUUAUGUGACAUGUUAUUUUAAUGUCCUGCAUUGCAUUGAAUACAACAGUUAAAUAAAUACAUUCAGUCGAAGUACGAGACUGACCUCAACCGGUCAAAUCAUAUUGUUAAUUUAAUGUGUACAUCUUCUUACGUCUCAAUAACAAUAAUUUCAAUUAUUUAAUGAAUUGUAUAUCGAGUAUAAGUUACGUGUAUAUUUUAUUUUUAAGUUCAUCAGGAACGCUUGGAAUCUGCACACACUAUUACCAUUGUCUUUUUAACUUAAGGUUGAUUGGCAGAAAAUGCUUGAGGCAUUAAUUCCGCCUUUGUAAAUAAUACUUAGAGCAUGUGUUAUUUAAUAAUUAAAUGUAAUGAGUCCUUCUUAAUGUUAAAAAAGUUCCCCUGCAAUUUUGUGGCUUAAAAUCCGCGCUAAUGACGACUCGCGUCGAUCUCAAUUCAACUUAUCAUAUAUUUUAUUUUUUAAAAUGGUCCAAAGAACUACAGCAAAAUCAAUUAUAUAAGUAAUCCUAAUCACAGGGUUAGCCCCUGCUCAACAUGUUAACACGUAUGACAUGGAACAGUGAAGCAGUGCAAAACUGUCUUCUUGGAUGUAAACUGUAAAGGUUUGCACAGACAGGGAGCUUUUGUCCGCUGAGCGCAAAUAUCACCUAGAGAAGUAUAACCUGCGUAAUAUUUUUGUCCAUAAUUUUUUUGCUUACGUAAAUAAAUCAAAAACUGUAUUGAUUAAAUCACAAAGAGGAGGUAGAGGAGAACACACUAAGUGUGCCCAGUUACAGUUGGACAAAAGUCCCCAGUCUGGGCAGGCUACUCGUAGUGUAGGUGCAAUUUGCACAGCUCUGGUAUGCAGGUACAAAAAUAUAGACUGAUUCAGCAUGAAAACAGUCACUAUUGUUUGGUUACUAUAAAAUAUGUGGAUUCAUUAAAAACCAUACAAUCUAGUGUAACAAUAGCUACUGUCGCUGUACUGAGUCAACCUUUAUUUUAUUUUUUUUACUAGGUUACUGUGCAAACUGUAACUACACUCCACGUUUCAGAUAGUUCUGGCGUUCUUGAAAACGUUUAGUUCUAAGUAAAGUAAUUAAUGAUAGGCAAUUGUAAAUUACAUUCGAAAAUAAAAUGUUUUGUAUAGAAUAAAUUGUAAAUAUGACAUAGAUACAAAAUUUUACAAUAAAAUUGAUCUAAGUAGAGGUGGACAUUACGAUUGUAUGAUACGGAGACUAUAUGUAUGUGAAACAUAAAGUUAAUAUAU